AUGGCCGAGUCCCAGCUCAGCUGCCUGGACGAGGCGCACGUGAACGAGAAGGUGACCGAGGCGCAGGCCGCCUUCUACUACUGCGAGCGGCGCCGGGCGGCGCUGGAGGCUCUGCUGGGCGGCGGGGAGCAGGCCUACCGGGAGCGGGUCCAGAAGGAGCGGCUGCGGGACUUCCUGUCCAGCCACGAGCGCCAGGCCCUGCGCAGCGCGUGGAGCCCCUACGAGGACGCCGUGGCCAGCGUGCGGGGCAAAGCCAAGGUCAGGGCCGCCGCUGUCACCGCCAAGACCCCGGCUCGGGUCUCAGCAGAGCCCGGGGAAUCAUCCCUGGCCUACUGGCCCGACCGAUCUGACACCGAGGUGCCCCCUCUCGACCUGGGAUGGACAGACUCCGGCUUCUACCGCGGGGUGAGCCGCAUCACCCUCUUCACCCACCCCCCCAAAGAGGAGAAGGCGCCGCACCUGAAACAGGUGGUCAGGCAGAUGAUCCAACAGGCCCAGAAGGUCAUUGCAGUGGUCAUGGACCUUUUCACAGACGGGGACAUUUUCCAAGACAUCGUGGACGCUGCCUCGAAGCGCCGGGUCCCCGUGUACAUCCUCCUGGAUGAGGCCGGGGUGAAGUACUUCCUGGAGAUGUGCCAGAGCCUGGAGCUCGCUGACUUCCGGAUUAGGAACAUCCGCGUCCGCUCAGUGACCGGCGUCGGCUUCUACACGCCCAUGGGAAAGAUCAAGGGGACCCUCUCAUCAAGGUUUCUCAUGGUGGAUGGGGACAAAGUCGCCACAGGAUCCUACAGGUUCACCUGGAGUUCUUCCUAUGUGGACAGGAACCUUCUCCUGCUCCUAACAGGGCAAAAUGUGGAGCCCUUUGAUGUGGAGUUCCGGGAACUGUAUGCCAUCUCUGAGGAGGUGAACUUGUACCAACAGCUGGGCCUUGCAGGCAGACUUGGCCUCAACUACUCCUCCACAGUGGCUCGCAAGCUUAUCAACCCCAAGUAUGCCUUGGUGGCUAGCAGCCGCCCUCCACCAGGAGAAAUGAUGCGCUGGGCCGCCCGACAGCGAGAGGCCAGUGGCAACCCAGGAGGGCAGGAGGAAGGUGGCGGAGGUGGCGAGGCUGCCCGGCGCCUGGAGAGCUUUCUGAAUGACCUGGUCACAGUGGAACAGGUGCUGCCCACAGUGGAGCCCAUUCCCUCCGGAGUGCUGAGACCGAAGGAGGCCAGGAUGGUCUCUCACAUGCCCAUAGACCUGAGGCACAAAUCCCGAGAGGCACUUCCCCAAAAUGGCAAGGGAGAAGUUGCCAACGGGGACGCCACCCCAGCCAAGGACGGCAAGCGUUUUGGCAGCAGGUUCUUCAGCCGACGGGCCAAGAGACCUGCAGUGCCCAGCAACAUGGCCAGCUCCCCGUCCACCGAAACCUUUGCCGACGUGGAGAUUCUGAUGGGGAAGAGGCCCAACGAGGGUUCCAGUGCCAACAUCUCAGGUAAAACAAGUCCUGCCUCCACCAAGCCCAGCAACUGUGCCAUUUCCUGAGCUGCAGGAUGGUGGGGAGAGAACUAUGGACGCCCACCCGGCCUGUCCGGGGCCAGGGAGAGUGGAGAGCACACCCUGCGCUGGGUUUGCACAUCAGGUCCUGACCGGCUCUCCUGCCCCCUCGGCCUCCAGCCAGAUGGGAGGAUCAGCAGCGUCCCGGCCUUCACACUCGCUCCUCGGCAGACUGCGGUGGCCCAGCAAGGCGUGUUUACAUGAAGUGGACGCUGGACUAGUGUCCGCUCUCCUGCCAACCUCUCCUUCGCUAGGCCAGCCCCACCCUGCAGGUCCUCUGGUGGGGCAAAAGCCAUUCUUUCUGCCUUAGUAGGGCCAGCUUCUUCCUUGGGCUCUCUGGUGCUUUCUGGUUGCUGCCCCUGCUUCCAGGGGUGGUAGGGGGAAAAAGGGGGCCAGGGGGAAGAAGACCGGGCUCUGAGCUCGUCUUCCAGCCCCGGAACUCCUGGUAGAAGAUGCGACUGGAGCGCUGGAUGCUGUGGCCUUCCUGGCCCAGUACCUGUAGGCUCCUGCGUUAGUCCCUGAGUGAAAUGGAGGGAAGACACUUCUGCCUCCCCGAAACCCAGCCAAGGACAGAACUUGACACUGCCCACGUGAAAGUCCUGCCUUUCCCUGCUCUUCUCCAUAUGCCUUGGUUUGCAGCCCCAUGAAGCAAGUUGGGGUUCAGGGGAUGAGGAUAGGCCCUGUGGACAGGAGCAUUUGCCCCUUUUCUCCCAGAUGGUCUUUCUUUGGUCCCCUUCCCCCAUGAGGGCUUCCCGGGUUAGAUUUCAGCCAAAGAUUAGCUAAGGCCUCCUGAGAAACACAAGACUGUUCUUAGACACUUCCGUUUCUCUGAAGCAGUGCCAGCCAGGGCAACCAGCACCCAAUCCCAAGCUGCUGCCUCCCCACACAGGACACCCGUGCAGCAGUACCCAUGGGGGCUGAGGGAUGGGGAGAGUGUGAAUGGACAUGCAGGACAAUGGUCAGCUGUAGACUCUGGGCCAGCCCUGCCUGGGCAGGCAUAGGGCCAUAUGGCAGCCCUUCUUGACCUCUGAACCAAACUUGUCCCCUUUACUUCUGAAAAGCCCCUGGGCACC